AUGACUGAUUGGAAUUUAAUAAUACUAACGGAAUGUUGGCUGCAUAAUAAUCGUAACUUACCAUCUCUUGAGGGAUACAACAGUGUUCUAACUGAGAAAAACUUCACACAGAACGAAGGAGUUGUGGUAUUUUUCAAAAAACAUUUGAAAUUAGUUGUAUCCGAGCCUGACCUUUGUGAUGCCAACUGUUUAAUGAUUAACCUUGAGGAUAAUAUAACAAUAAUUGCAGUAUACAGACCACCUGGUUACAAAGAUGUUCCACGGUUUUUGGUAUCCCUUGACAAACUUCUUUCUGAGACUAGUAGUACUCAUAAAGUUCUGAUAGGUGACAUCAAUAUUGAUAUAUUGGAUAACAAUAAGGAUGUAAAUUCUUCAUCGUAUUUGAAUAUGCUGGCUUCUCACAGUUUAUUGCCGGCCCACACAUUUCCAACUCAUGGCAAGACUUGUCUUGACCAUGUAAUAUUAAAAUGCUCAUAUCGCGCCUUUUGUUGUGUUGCUGAAACCUCAGUUACGGAUCACGACACUUUAAUCCUGAAACUUGAAUUUAGCACAAUGACUGACAAAUGCUUUUCACUGAAAAAGAUUGAUUACCCGUCUUUGGAUGAUGCUAUGAAGAACUUGAAUCUAAAUAUUCUAUAUGGAAUGACUGAUCCUAAUGAGGCAACAGCAUUUCUUCUGACUGUGCUUGACACUGUAAUUAAAGCAAAUACAAAAACUAUCACCAUCCCAAAUCGUAAGAGGAUCAAGAGGCCUUGGAUGACUCCAGGUCUACUAAGAUGUGUAAAGCAUCGUGACAAACUACAUCAAAAAUCAAGAAAAAAUCCUAGUAAUGAAAUAUUAAUGAUAAGUUACAAGAGGUACAGAAAUUUUUGCAAUUCACUUUUAAAAAAUAUUAAAAAUACUUAUGAGAGCAACCGCCUACUUAAAGCUGCUAAGACUAAUACAAAAGUUCUCUGGGACACUAUCAAACAACUAACCUACUCUAAUAAUACAACUAGUUCUGCACAUGAAUUGGUCUCUCCAGUGGACCCGUUACUCUCAGUCAAUAACAUUAAUAAAUUUUUCGUUUCUAUCGGGAAGGAUAUUGCCGAAAAAGCCUAUUCCAAUAGCUCUUAUAAAAAAGCACCAAUCAAUUCUACACUGUCCUCAUUCGUCUUGCUACCUACUGAUGAAUUUGAAGUUCAAUCUCUUAUCUUACAACUGAAGAAGAGCGGUGCUGCGGGCAGAGAUGGCAUUUCUGGAGCCUUUCUUAAACGUUAUCAUGAAAUCUUAGUCCCCCCGCUUACACAUAUAUUUAAUCUGAUCUUUUCUACUGGGAUCUUUCCGGAUUUAUUCAAGCUAGCUGAAGUAAUUCCAGUUUAUAAGGGUGGUAGCAGGGAUUGUGUUGGUAACUAUCGACCCAUUUCUAAAAUAGAUAAGAAAAAUAAAAUAUUAGCUGUAUUUUUGGACAUUGCAAAGGCUUUUGACGCGGUCGCUGGUCCUAUUCUGCUGGAUAAAUUGGAAGCUCUGGGUGUUCGUGGUGUGCAGCUCAAACUAUUUGAAAGUUACUUGAGUGACAGAAAGCAAAGAGUAAAGGUGGACAACACUGUUAGUGACGACCUGCCGAUAAGCUAUGGUGUGCCACAGGGUAGUGUUUUGGGUCCAACACUGUUUCUGAUAUUUAUCAAUGAUCUUUGUGACCUCCAGUUACAAAAUGGUAAAAUUAUUACAUUUGCAGAUGAUACUGCGCUUGUGUUUCAUGGUGAUAAAUGGAAAGAUCUAGACUACAAUGAGACUGAGAAGUUGUUACUGGUCCUCAGCUAA